UUAAUGGUAGCGCCACAUCGAGGCGAGAUGCCUCAACAUCGGCUGAUCUGGAUAACUCGUAGCAGGGGAAAACAUCUCGCAGGUAUCUGGUUUGACGAACCACGAUGUGUGCAGGGUGGUUGUGUAUGUGUAUCGUGUGAAUUUUCGCAGGUGGUGAUUUUUUAGUGCAAGACGCUUCGAGUUUUCUCUGAUAGAUAAACGAUAAUUGAGAAACAUAUACAUUGUCUUGAGGCGCCGUGAUCGUGGGGCGUAUCCCAAAAUCGUGCAGAAAAAACGACCUUGCUUUCGUUCAGUAGACUACUUUUCGAUACGUGUAUCGUGUUUUAUCGUGUCCCGUGGGAAAAUCGGGAUUGUGCAGUAAGAGAAAUAACCGGUGAGAACCGACCGAAGGGUUUGGAUUAUAAUCGAAUCGAAGAGGAUCGAUUUGAUACGACAACCACCGAGCUCGAUCAGCUUUGUGAACGAUGUCGAAUCAUUUUAUAACAAUUUGUGCUAAACUUUGGCUUUAAAGAAGAUUGGUGAAUCAUAUUUGAAUAACGGGCACAAGUGUUUUCUAUCGUCGUCGAUCGCCUUAUAGUGAAUCACUGCCAAUGAGCAAUCCCACCGACGAUUCCUACGUACAAAAGCUAGGUUAUCUGCAACUCGGAGAUGAACCCAAUGACGCCGGAGGUGUUUCGGGUACCGGUAGGGUCACGGGAUCACGACCCGAGGCCCAGGUACCCGUGUCAAGAAGUACCGCAAAUAGAACCGACGGUAGAGGACCUGGUAGACUAGUGGGUGCUAUUGAAAGUUUUAUCGAAGGUAAUGCCGAGACGUGCAGACAACCGUCCGCCGAUUACAAGUUAUACGAACGUGAAAAUAUAAUAGCUGCAUCAAGGUUUGCUACACCAAAACCUGUAGAGCAGAUAGGUGCUCAACAACAGCAACAGAAUCAAAACCGUAUGAGUCAUCAACAAGCACCAGUAUAUGAGAAUAUUGACUAUUAUCCACAACAAAAUCAACCUCAUCCUCCUUUUUAUCAUUCAGUGGAAUCUAGGAAGAGCCCUAAGAGUAGCCCAAGAGCUUCACUAGCUAGUGAGUCUUAUGAACCUACUUUCAGAAAGGCACAACCUCAGGUGCCCAUUGGGAACCGAUAUCAGUCUCCGUCUCCAGCUAAGGAAUUACCUCCAUAUGAAGCACCACCUGUCUAUGAAAAUAUUCAGGAGGUACAUUUCACAGAAAGUAGCCAAAAUAAACCAGGUCCUCAGGUUCCACCCAAUUAUUACCAUCCAGCAACAAUCAAUGGUGGUGAUUAUGUUGUUAUGACUGGUAAAGUGGGUCAAGCACAACAUCAAAGGGGUAUGACCCAAAGUUUAUCAUAUACACAACAAAGAGGAAGUGGUAUACGUGGUCAAAGCUAUGAUGGCUCAAGUUUACAACGUUCUGUUGAUUCUUCCACAUCAAGGUACUUACAAGGAACUUCCUCAUCCUUGGAUCAUCAAUCUGGCAGAAGUGCUUAUGUUCCACCAUCAGAACUGCAAACACCAACAAGGAAUUUUAAUUAUAAUUCUGAACAACAGCAACAACAGUCCCCUAGAUCUGGACUCCCCUAUCACAGUGAAUCUCCACCUAUAAGAUUACCCCCAGAACCACAUCAUUAUCGUAGUUCUCUGGAUAGUGCAAUUAGCGGGCCCCAUAAUUAUAAACCAUACAUGGAGUCAACAACAAGAACUGCAAGUGCAAACAUCAGUGGGGAGACUCAGGCCAGAAAUUCACCAGUCUAUGGUGCACGGCAAGGAGAGCAGCCUGCUUGUCGUAAUUCUCCUUGUUAUUCUCCAAAUAGAGUGUUACCACCAAAUGAAAGAAGCUAUCAUCAUCAAGAACCUAGAUCAGAAUUCUCUGCUAGGAAUUCUCCAAUUUAUUCAUCCAAUAGAUCAUCAGAGCACCUAAGGUUAACUAAUCUGCAAAGUGAUAGAAGCUUUGUUCAGAAUGUACCUGAAUCUUCUGAAACAAAAACAGCACCCAUGUACUCACCCAGCCGUAGUGAUUGUUCCAGAAUUGUGAAUAACAACAAUGGUGUAAGAGGUUCUACAAAAAUAAGUCCAAUCCACAAUCAGGCACCAUCUGAUAUAAUUACACAGAAUGUGAUGAAAUCACCAAGACAUAUGUCACCAUCUUCCUCAAACAAUGUUGUUGGAAGUUUUAUAUCUGGUCAAGUACAACCACCAGUAACUACUGCUACAGCUACUAUCACAGAAUCUGAUACAAAUGUCCAUGGUCCUAGAAUCACCAGUCUUCCUCCAGGGGUGACAAGUGGUGUAGCUGGUCCAGUUUUCUUAAAUGCUGGUGUACCUGUGCUGCAAAGGCCAGCUGAACCUGAACCAGAAGAAAGAAAGUCAGUCAGUCCGCCAGUUAAACCUGCAUCUGGGAAGGGAUUGUUGCCUUACAAUGUCAUUCCACCUAAAUCUUCAGGACCCACUGAAGCGGAGAGAAAAAUAGAAGAGUUGACAAAACAGCUGGAAGAAGAAAUGGAGAAACAAGAAGAGGAAGGAGAAUACUUUGGCAUCUGUCACACGUGCGGUGAGAAAGUAACGGGGGCAGGUCAGGCCUGCCAAGCGAUGGGCAACCUCUAUCACACAAAUUGCUUCAUAUGCUGUUCCUGUGGAAGAGCGUUGCGCGGCAAAGCGUUCUAUAACGUUCACGGAAGGGUUUACUGCGAGGAAGAUUAUUUGUAUUCCGGCUUCCAACAAACUGCUGAGAAGUGCGCGAUCUGUGGUCAUCUCAUCAUGGAAAUGAUAUUACAAGCGAUGGGCAAAUCCUAUCAUCCAGGGUGCUUCAGAUGUUGCGUUUGCAACGAGUGCCUUGAUGGCGUUCCUUUCACGGUUGACGUCGAUAACAAAAUCUAUUGCGUUAAUGAUUACCAUAGAAUGUUCGCGCCUAAAUGUGCUUCUUGCGGGAAGGGCAUCACUCCUGUCGAGGGUACUGAGGAGACUGUUAGGGUUGUAUCUAUGGACAAAGAUUUCCACGUGGACUGUUACGUUUGCGAGGAUUGUGGCAUGCAAUUGACCGACGAGCCGGACAAACGAUGCUACCCACUUGACGGUAGACUUAUGUGUCGUGCGUGCCACAUCCAACGCAUAUCCCACACGCAACCCAAGGCACCGCAACCAGUAUCAGCCAGCUAUCAAUACAUGGGUUAAAUUAAGUUUUAUAUUUAUAAGCAUUUCGUCGAAUAUUUGAAAUUGAACUGCACUCUCACGUGUCGGCCAUCCGACACUAUUUAGAAUUGACUGGUCCGAAUGGCCUAUUUACCAAGGUGAGAUCUAAGUUUAUCUGUCGAAAGAAAUGAUUGAUAUUCGCAUUAGAAUUAAUUAACGCCUAUGAAAGAUGCAGACAGCUUUAUUGUUCCUCUGAACGGGAUAUUAAGAUAACGAGCCAAGACUGGAUAUUUACGAAAUCGAUAUACUUACACUGCCUCUCUUGGGAUCACCUAGAUUAGUCAGGUCGAUGUUUGAUCCUUUUAGCAAUAUAUUGUACGUAUAUUGCCGCGAUCAACGCGAAACAAUUUUCCAUUGACAGCUAAUAAUAUUAUAGGUUAGCGUUAUAUUUAAUAUAUAUCUAUAUGUGUUCUUAUUUAUUUGUCCACAUGGUACUGUACGUGAAUACAGUGUUCUCGUUAGGAUGAACGAGUUGCGCAGGCAACUGUGAUAUAUUAGCAUAAUAAUUAUAUCGAGGUUAAGCAAUGAUUCCUUAUUUGUAGUUCGUGUAUAUAACACGCCGUGCUAUCGUCGUCAAUUUUAUGAACGAUCAAGUUAUAGGACUUCUUUAUAUUGGAUUCGUCCAGUACACAUCAUAUUUGAUGUAUCGCGUUUGCUAACAGUAUUUAUUAUGACAAUACAAUUAUCUGAACUUAUACAAUACUCUUGAGAUUCAUCAAUUCUUCUCAGGAAUUUACAUAAGAUGGUCGUAAAGAAAUGCUGUCGCUGAAACAUUACAAAAAUUCCAUGUUCAGUAUGCAAGGGGAACAUGAAUUUAGCAAGGAAAUGCAUUAAUUAGGUGCAUUGUUACGAUUAGUUUUACCACGCACAAUUCGUGCUGCCAAAAAAAAAAUAUCUGCUACAUUUUACGAUCAAUGAAUAUCGUUGCUUUUAGAUAAGAUUUUAAGUCGCGAGUAUUGUAAAUAAAAAGUACAAUGUUAUUUAAGUGUAUGUAAGGCGACCGUUCAAUAAAGAACAGUAUACCUGAUCAACA